CAUGUUGGACCUGGAGGACGAGAGGGCUUGUUGCUUGGAUUUGGUGGCGGUGUUUAUUAGCCGAGCGAGACCUAAAGAGGGGAGGAGAGAAGCGCAGGGGAGAGGAAGAGAAGGAUGGAGAGGCUGCAUCGGAUCUUCUCAGGGGCGGGAGGGAUGGGGCACCCCCCAACGGACUCCCCACUGUUGGACUCGUCGGAGCAGGUCUACAUCUCCUCCCUCGCCCUCCUCAAGAUGCUCAAGCACGGGAGGGCUGGGGUGCCGAUGGAGGUGAUGGGGCUGAUGCUGGGGGAGUUCGUGGACGAGUACACUGUGCGGGUGGUGGACGUAUUCGCCAUGCCGCAGAGCGGGACCGGCGUCAGCGUCGAGGCCGUCGACCACGUUUUCCAGACCAACAUGCUCGAUAUGCUCAAGCAGACUGGAAGGCCUGAAAUGGUUGUGGGAUGGUACCAUUCUCAUCCAGGCUUUGGUUGUUGGCUUUCUGGCGUUGAUAUAAAUACGCAGCAGAGUUUUGAAGCCUUGAAUCCAAGGGCAGUAGCCGUUGUCAUAGAUCCAAUUCAGAGUGUUAAGGGGAAGGUGGUUAUUGAUGCUUUCCGCUUGAUCAAUCCUCAGACCAUGAUGCUAGGCCAAGAGCCUCGCCAGACUACUUCUAAUGUUGGGCAUCUCAACAAGCCAUCUAUUCAGGCACUCAUUCAUGGGUUGAAUCGACAUUACUACUCUAUAGCCAUUAACUAUCGGAAAAAUGAGCUUGAAGAAAAGAUGUUGCUGAACCUGCACAAAAAGAAAUGGACUGAUGGACUGACACUGAGGCGGUUUGAUGCACAUUCUAAAACUAAUGAGCAGACUGUGCAGGAAAUGCUAAACUUAGCCAUCAAAUAUAACAAAGCGGUUCAGGAGGAAGAUGAGCUGCCACCAGAGAAGCUGGCAAUCGUGAAUGUUGGAAGGCAAGAUGCGAAGAAGCAUCUAGAAGAACAUGUCUCAAACCUGAUGUCAUCUAAUAUAGUCCAGACAUUGGGGACCAUGCUAGACACUGUUGUAUUCUAAGAAUGUCUACAUUUCAGAAAAAACAUGCAUGGCUUUCUGUCUUAUUUGAACUUGUUCCAUCAUUUAUUUGCUCAAAAUGAAUCUUAUGCAGACUAAUGUUCCAGUUAUAUGAUAUUAUUGUUUGAGUUAAA